AUUGAACAAGAAUUUAAUAAUAUAUUCUUAAUGGCAGAGGUAAUCAAAGUCAAUUAAUAAAUUUUAUAUUUAAUUUUUAUCAAACAAUUUCUAAACACAAUAUAAUGUAAUUUAGGAAAUGGCUAAUGUUAUCAGCUUAAAUCUAUCGGUGAAAAGAAUUACAAAAAGACAAACCAAUCGUGCAAAUCCUUUUACAGAUUCUGAUAAUAAUAAAAUAUCAGACAUAAAUGUUGAACAUUAUUAUCGAACUACAAUAUUUAUUCCAUAUUUGGAUUUCUUUAUUGCACAAUUAGAAGAAAGAUUUACUGCACACAAAACAAUUUUUAAAGGAUUUGAGACUAUUUUUUCAAAAAAUCAGUUCUUAAAUGCAAGUGAAAUUGAAUCCUUUAAAAAUCUGGCAGAGUUUUAUUCACCGCAUGUAAAUAAAGACAACAGUUUGGCUGAACUGAAAAUAUGGCGAACAAAGAUAUUGGACAAUUCUGAAGUCAUUAAAACUGGCCUAGAUGCUCUUCAACUCUGCAGUUCCUCUAUUUAUACAAAUUUGAAUAAGUUACUAAAAAUUUUAUGUGUCCUACCCGUUUCAACAUCCACCCCAGAAAGAACGUUUUCAACAUUAAAGAGGGUGAAGACAUACACCAGAAACUCAAUGCUUGAAGACCGUUUGAAUGGAUUAACGUUGUUGGCAGUACAUAAAGAUAUUAGCAUUACUUCAGAUGAAGUCUUGGAUGAAAUGUCUAUGAAGCCAAGAAAACUUGAACUUAUACUUUAGGACUUAGGUCUUUAGAUCUAUACUUUUUUAUGUCCGAUUAUAUAAAAUAAAAUAUUUUAUAAAAUGUUAAUUUUGAGUAUGUUUAGCUCUAUAUCUAGUAUUAUAUCAUAAUAUAAUAUAUAUCAACCUACUUCUAAAAUAUCAAUAUAUAAGAAAAUUUUUUGUAUAUGACAAUAAACAAAACAAGAUACAGUUUAUCCCCCCCCAUUAGAAAAA